ACGACCGGCCGGUGAUCGUAGCUUCAAUCGAGACCUGUAGCUAUCAUCUUGGACCCUUUGGGGAAGGCUUCGCGACGGAGGAAUCGGAAGCUUCCUCUGGUCGACAACCCCCGAAGAUACGCUUCUGAAACCCCCGAUUCCAUCACGAAUAUAUUCUUUUGCUGCUUUGAAGCCCUCGAUUUUGCCUCCGACGACCUCUCCGAGCCCGCUAAGACUGCCAUCCCCCGGGCCACUUUCGGUUUGAUUUCGCCGUAGUUCCCAACCCUACAUCUCCGGUGAAGGGGGUCAGGAGGUGUCUGCGUCGUUCACCGCCAUGGAAGGGAUCCGGAGGCGGCGUCCUGGAUUUCGUGCGAUUUUUAAUGCUUUAUGCGCUCUGGUAUUGUUCUUCUUCUUCCUGAGCAGAGAGGAUGUCUUCGGGAACCCUUUCAUUCGUCAAAGAUCUAGUUUUUCCUUCGACCAUACGUCAAAAUCCAACCUUUAUCCUCAUCGGAGGAUGGCCGAGUUUUCUUCCAUUAAUUCGACAAACGGGUCCGUCCCAGUCGAUCAGAAGAAUGAGUCGUUUGAAACCCUGGCGGAUCCCACCGUGGCGUGUAUCGGCAUACACCAGCGCGAGGGGUUUCUUACCCAGUGUGAUUUCCUGAAGGCCCAUCGUCAGUGCACUUCCGGUGGACUCAUCGAUUAUAUGUCCUUCUUCUACUGUGAUUGUGAGAAAUUUCAUGUUUUGGGUUAUGCUGUGCUGGGAAUAUGGCUGGCGGCUCUGUUCUACAUGUUGGGAAACACUGCAGCGGAUUACUUCUGCUGUAGCUUAGAGAAGCUCUCUGGCUUACUGAAGCUUCCGCCAACUGUUGCGGGGGUCACUCUGCUUCCACUUGGCAAUGGCGCUCCCGAUGUGUUUGCUAGCGUUGCAGCUUUCAUUGGCACAGGUGCUGGUGAGGUUGGCAUUAACAGCGUGCUGGGUGGAGCUGUCUUCGUCACUUGCAUAGUUGUCGGAACUGUCUCGCUAUUUGUUGCGGAGAAGAAUGUUCAGAUCGAUAAGAAAAGCUUCAUCAGGGAUAUCAGCUUCUUUUUGUUGACGUUGGGGUCAUUGUCCUUGAUCUUGAUUGUCGGAAGAGUGACACUCUGGGGAGCAGUCUUGUUUGUCUUGAUUUAUGCAGUUUAUGCCUUUGCCGUGGCAGCCAAUGAGAUGCUGAGGAAGCAUGCUCGGAGAUUGAAGUUAGACAUGGUGACUCCACUGCUCCCAGUUAGAGGAAGCAUCUUUUCUCAUGGCAGCGAAAAGGAUGGAUCCGUCCAUAGCUUUCUUCUUGAAGAUGAUCAUGACAACGAGGUGCCACAGCUGCAAAAUUCACUGCCUCAGUGGAUGUGGGCUUCGCAUGUGGCUAUUUAUUCAGAUCAGGGGAGCGGAGUAAAUUCAUUUGACAGCUCCCAGCCUUUAUGGGGUUGGAAUGAGCAAGAGGCAGGGACAUCGGGUUUCUCAUGUUCCAAGUUAUUUCUGUUGAUGGAGAUGCCCCUCGCUAUGCCAAGAAGGUUGACGAUUCCUAUUGUCGAGGAAGAAAGGUGGUCGAAGCCAUAUGCAGUCACAAGUGCCUUCUUAGCACCCAUUCUUUUGGCAUUUGUGUUUAACACCCAGGAGACUUCUAAAUUUAGUAUUGCUGCUGCUUACGUCGUAGGUGGCAUCGUUGGAGCUGGAUUUUCAGUUCUUGCUUUCGUAUACACCAGCCGCGAUCGUCCACCACAAAGGUGCUUGUUUCCAUGGGUUUUAGGAGGGUUUGUCAUGAGCAUCGUGUGGUUUUACAUCGUCGCCAAUGAGUUGGUUGCUCUUUUGGUGACCCUGGGUGUGAUUUUGGGGAUAAAUCCUUCGAUUCUGGGAUUGACAGUACUAGCUUGGGGUAAUUCGAUGGGAGAUCUGAUGUCGAACCUUGCCUUGGCUGUCAAUGGGGAAGAUGGUGUGCAGAUUGCCAUGUCAGGAUGCUAUGCAGGACCUAUGUUCAACACACUUGCUGGUCUGGGGAUGUCAAUGCUGCUCGGAUCUUGGUCGACUAAGCCAAACUCCUAUGCGCUACCACAAGACAACACCUUGGUGUAUACCAUGGUUUUUCUUGUAUCUGGACUUCUUUGGGCUCUCAUCAUCUUACCGUGGAACGACAUGCGGCCUAACAAGAUGUUGGGCUUUGGCCUCAUAACACUUUACCUUGUAUUUCUGAUUGUCAGGGUGAGUAAUGUAGUUGGUCUCUUACCAUUGGCUGGUUUACGAUGACCUCCUCUCUGGCUCUCAGGAGAACUAGAGAGCUCAUCUGCCGAUUGGCAUACCGAUGCACUCGUCUUUUCUGCCGGUUCUCCGUGCCGAGAACUUGGGUAGUCCCGAUCAUAUGAAGAAAGAGUGUUUUUGUGAUGUCCAAGUGUAUGCCUAGAAACCCAAGUUUGCACCUGUAACAUCCGAAGAUGGAUUUUCUAUGUCGGUGCACUUAAUUAUGUGUCGAAGGCAAGCACACUUUGCGAAGAUGGAUUU